AUGAAGUUCCUGACACUCACCCCCUUUCUCGCCGGAGUCGCACAAGCCAUCCGUUUCUUGAACGAUGACCCGGCCGGCACAUAUUUCACCGAGGGCACCAACUACGUGCUGAGAUUCGAAGCCGAUGGACAAGACCACGUGGACAGCUUCAGGCUGAGGCUCGUCACCGAACUGAUGGUCCCGAUCCUUGUAAAGGACGGCAUGAAUGACACUUACGACUUCCAAGAUGUGUAUACUCUUAUCGCUGAAGCUGUACAGGUCGCCGACGGGAGCUAUACCUGGCCGAUCGAAAUCUUUCAAGGCCGUGAAGGGGAGAAGUGGGUGUAUAGGUGGGAGGCAUCGUACACGAGUGGCAAUAUCAUGUCGGCCACGUACCUCAUCCCUUUCCACGUCCAGGCUGCGACCUAA